CCCAUGUACCUCUUCCUCUCCAUGCUGGCUGUGAGUGAGCUGGGGGUGUCCCUCUCCACCCUGCCCCCGGUGCUGGGGGGCUUCCUCUUUGAUGCCCAGGAGAUUGGGCUUGACGCUUGCCUCAGCCAGAUGUUCUUCAUCCAUUGCUUCUCCCUCAUGGACUCUGGGGUUCUCUGGGCCAUGGCCCUUGACCGCUUCAUUGCCAUCUACAACCCUCUGCAGUAUGCCACCAUCCUGACAAACAGCAGGAUUGCCCUGAUAGGCUCAGGCAUUGCUGUGAAAAGCAUUAUUUUACUUGCCCCACUGCCCCUUCUCAUGAGGAAGCUGCCAUUUUGCAGGUCCAAUGUGCUGGCUCACCCCUACUGCCUGCACCCCAACUUAAUCCAGCUGCCGUGUUCAGACACCACCGUCAACAGCCUUUACGGUCUGUUUGUCUUGCUCUGCACUUUUGGACUGGAUUCUCUCUUUAUCAUCUUGUCCUAUACCAUGAUUCUUAAGACUGUCCUGAGCAUCACCUCAAGAGAAGGACGCCUGAAGGCCCUCAACACCUGUGUCUCCCACAUCUGUGCUGUGGUAGUUUAUUACACCCCAAUGAUCGGGCUCUCCAUGGUGUAUAGAUUUGGCAGGUAUGCUUCCCCACUGGUGCACUCUCUCCUGGCCCACAUCUAUCUCCUGGUUCCUCCACUGCUGAACCCCAUCAUCUAUAGCAUCAAAACGAAAGAAAUACUCAAGGCUUUGGGCAAACUUUUCUCUCCAAAGAACGUCUAA